GCGGCGGACUACCUGUCACCAUUUACUCGGUCGAUCGGUGGGGAUUUGACGAUGGAUCGACAUCGGCAUGCGACUAGAGUGCAAGCGUUCGCGGGGUCGAGAGCGACCAAGAUAAUGUCGUGGGAGGCUCUGUUGGAUACGGGAAGUCCGGCAUCGUUUGUACAAGAAAGGUGGCGUUCAGGCGGCUGUGGCAGAGGGUGCCUCCGCACAUUCGAGACGUCCAUUUCGACUUCAAUUCGAAACUGUGGGAGCCGGAGGACAUUGACAAACUAUUAGGGACGGGGCAGAACACGUGCGCGACCUGGAGAGGUUUUUCGAGCGCAUGGUCAAGUUCAACCUGAAACUGGCACCCAAGAAGACGAACCUGGGGGUGAAGGUGGUGAUGUUCUCGGGGCAUCAAGUCACGGCGGAAGGGAUCGGGCCGGACCCGGGAAAGGUCAGACCGCUGCGUGAAGUGCCAAUGCCCACUAAUGUUAGCCAGUUGCGAUCGUUAUUGGGGUCCUUGUACCAUCGAAAGUCUCUGAAGCACAUGUCGGCAAAAUUGAAACCGAUCAAUGCCAUGCUGAAAAAGGGGGCGAACUCUGAGUUCACGGCUCAUCAUGUGGAUGUAGUGAGAAAGGUGAUGGAUAUUCUGUCUGGUCCUGAAGUUUUGGCGUUUCCGGGUUAUGAGGGUGCGAUCUCGGGAGAGCGGCCGUUUCGGAUGACCGCUGAUGCGUCGAUUCGGGCUUGGGAGCCGUAAUCGAGCAAGAGCAACGAGAUGGAAGUAUUAGACCGCUAUGCUUUUUGAGCAGAUCAACAUUCCCGAAUGAAACGAGAUGGAGUCCGACUGAGCUUGAAGCGGGUGCGAUAGUGUGGGCGAUAAAGAAGAAUCUAACACUAUUUAUGGCAUCCCCUUUCAAGUGUACAGUAACCAUCAACCCUUGUGGAAUUUGGGGAGUUUGGCAGAGAAAAACAAUCGCGUACAAAGGUGGUAUGACUUCCUGUCAGCGCACACGUAUGAACUGAAGUAUCGACCAGGGCGAGAGAAUGCAAAUGCCGAUUUGAUGUCACGGUUGCCAUUGCCUGCGACGAAAGAGGAUGAGGCACCAGAUGUCCGGCUGACUGAUCCGUCUGAUCUCGAUGUUUACAUGAUAAGUGCGAGCGGGGUGCUACCUU